AUGAGCUCCAACCAGCAAGAAACCGAUGUGGAGAAGAACAUUGAGAUAUGGAAGGUUAAGAAAUUGGUCAAGCGUCUGGAAUCUGCCCGCGGAAAUGGAACUUCCAUGAUUUCGCUCAUCAUUCCGCCCAAGGACCAGAUUUCUCGAGCGGCAAAGAUGUUGGCUGAAGAAUAUGGUACUGCCUCCAACAUCAAGUCUCGAGUCAACCGUCUCUCCGUCCUCUCUGCCAUUACCUCCACCCAGCAGCGUCUGAAGUUGUAUAACAAGGUCCCUCCAAAUGGUCUUGUGGUGUACUGUGGUGAAAUUAUCACCCAGGAAGGAAAGGAGCGAAAGAUUAACAUUGACUUCGAGCCCUUCAAGCCCAUCAAUACCUCUCUGUACCUUUGUGACAACAAAUUCCACACAGAGGCUUUGAGUGAGUUGCUGGAGUCGGAUCAGAAGUUCGGUUUCAUUAUCAUGGAUGGUAACGGUGCGCUCUUCGGUACCCUGAGUGGUAACACUCGUGAAAUCCUGCAGCGUCUCUCCGUUGAUCUACCCAAGAAGCACGGUCGUGGUGGUCAAUCCGCGCUGCGUUUCGCCCGUCUACGUGAGGAAAAGCGUCACAACUACGUGCGUAAGAUUGCUGAAUUGGCUGUUCAGAACUAUAUCACCAACGAUAAGGUCAACGUAGCUGGUCUUGUUUUGGCUGGUUCUGCCGAUUUCAAGAACGAUCUGAACCAGUCCGAUCUAUUCGAUGGUCGUCUCCAGGCUAAGGUUAUCAAGAUCGUCGACGUUUCAUAUGGUGGUGAGAAUGGUUUCAACCAAGCUAUUGAGCUUGCCGCUGAGACUCUGAGCAACGUCAAGUUCAUCCAAGAGAAGAAGCUUAUUGGCAAGUACUUCGAGGAGAUCAGUCAAGACACCGGCAAGGUUUGCUACGGUGUCGAGGACACCCUGAAGGCCAUGGAGCUUGGUGCUGCCGAGAUUCUGAUCGUCUACGAGAACUUGGAUGUUACUCGCUACCAGCUGAAGGCCUCUACUGGAGAGGAGGUUAUUGUCAAUGCCACCAAGGCUCAAGAAGCCAACAACCGGGAGAUGUUCAUGGACAAGGAGAGUGGAACCGAGAUGGAGGUUAUCGAGUCCACCACCUUCAUUGAGUGGCUUGCCGAGUCCUAUAAGGACUUCGGUGCCACUCUGGAGUUCGUGUCCGACCGAUCUGGUGAAGGAAACCAGUUCGUGAAGGGCUUUGGUGGAAUCGGAGCCAUUCUCCGAUACAAUGUCAACUUCGAGCAACUUGCCGACUACAGCGACGACGAUGAGUUCUACGAUGGUAUCGCCCUCGCAGAGAGCGAGGAUGAAUGGCCAGAAGCUCCCUCGGUGAGUGUUCUGACGGCUCGCCCCGUGGAUCAUGAAAGUGGCUCCGAAACUGGAAUCCAGACAUCCGUAAAGGAUAUCUUCGACACGCCCGUUCCAAACUUCAUGAAGCUGCCCAGAGGGUCAUCCAAGCUCUAA